UCUCCUCCCCUGCGACGUUCUCCUCCUCUGACGUUCUCUUCCUCUGUGACGUUCUCUUCCCCUGCGACAUUCUCUUCCCCUGCGACAUUCUCUUCUCCUGCGACAUUCUCUUCCCCUGCGACAUUCUCUUCCACUGCGACGUUCUCCUCUGCGACGUCCUCUUCCUCUGUGACAUUCUCUUCCUCUGCGACGUCCUCUUCCUCUGUGACAUUCUCUUCCCCUGCGACAAUCUCUUCCCCUGCGACAAUCUCUUCCCCUGCGACGUCUUCCCCUGCGACGUCUUCCUCUGCGACGUCUUCCUCUGCGACGUCCUCUUCCUCUGCGACAUUCUCUUCCCCUGCGACGUCUUCCUCUGCGACGUCCUCUUCCUCUGCGACGUUCUCCUCCCCUGCGAUGUUCUCUUCCCCUGCGACGUUCUCUUCCCCUGUGACGUUCUCCUCCCCUGCGACGUUCUCCUCCCCUGCGACGUCUUCCCCUGCGACGUUCUCUUCCCCUGCGACGUUCUCUUCCCCUGCGACGUUCUCUUCCCCUGCGACGUUCUCCUCCCCUGCGACGUCCUCUUCCCCUGCGACGUCCUCCUCCCCUGCGACGUCCUCCUCCCCUGUGACGUUCUCCUCCCCUGCGACGUCCUCCUCCCCUGCGACGUUCUCUUCCCCUGCGACGUUCUCCUCCCCUGCGACGUCUUCCUCUGCGACGUCCUCUUCCCCUGCGACGUCCUCUUCCCCUGCGACGUUCUCCUCCCCUGCGACGUUCUCUUCCCCUGCRACGUUCUCCUCCCCUGCGACGUCCUCUUCCCCUGCGACRUCCUCUUCCUCUGCGACGUCCUCUUCCCCUGCGACGUUCUCCUCCCCUGCGACGUUCUCUUCCCCUGCGACGUUCUCCUCCCCUGCGAUGUUCUCUUCCUCUGCGACGUUCUCCUCCUCUGCGACGUCCUCUUCCCCUGCGACGUUCUCCUCCCGUGAUGUUCUCUUCCUCUGUGACGUUCUCUUCCGUACAGAACGGUUCUCUACAUGAAGAGAACGUCGCAGCUCUUCAGAAACCUCCGGGUGACGUAGAGACUACGUCUAUGAUCGUUUGACUCUUUC